AGGAGGGGGAGAGAAGGAGGAGGAGGAGAGGAGGAGGUGGGAGGAGGGUCGGUGGAGAUCUGAUGUGAACACUUUACCGGAAUGAUAACAGCAACGAGUUUAUUCCCAAUCCCGUUCACUCCUCGGAUCGACAGCGACAGGAACCACAGCCACAGCCGCGCAGCCCCGACCGCCAUCCCGAUGCCUCCUUCUCCUUUGGACGAACGAGUUGUCGGUGGAGUGGUGGCGCUGCCCAGACCGGUCAGACCCCAGGAACUCCAUCUCCGUCUGGACAUCACCUCCAGCAGCACAGCAGCAGCAUCAUCCCCGACCUCCUCCUCCUCCUCCUCCCCCCCACCUUCUUCUUCUGCUCCUUCUUCUGCUCCUUCUUCUUCUUCUGCUGCUGCUGCUGCUGCGACUCUGGCUGUGGUCUCCCUCAGAAGCGGCCACAUCACGUAUAUGCCAUCGUCCAACGGCUCGGUGCGCUCCUUGUCCUGCGGCUGCAGCAGCGCCAGUUGCUGCACGGUGACCACCUACGAGAAGACCGCCAGCACUCUGCUGAACCCCUCUUCUUCUGCUGCUUCUGCCUCCGCCGCGGGACUUGGAGUUCACCCUUCGUCGUCUCCUCCGUUUCCUCCUCCUCCUCCUGCUCUUCACCACCACCACCAACACCACCAUCCCUCCACCAACACGGCCGCCAAGCCGAUCCGCACCAUCUACCCCACCGAACUGGCCAAGAAGCUGACCAAAUGCAACAGCAAGGGCGCCCUCCAGUUCCAGAGCCAGGGACCUGUGAUCAUAGACUGUCGCCCCUUCAUGGAGUACAACAGGAGCCACAUCCAGGGAGCCGUCCACAUCAACUGCUCGGACAAGAUCAGCAGGAGGAGGCUGCAGCAGGGCAAGAUCACCGUCUUGGACCUCAUCUCCUGCAGGGAAGGCAAGGACUCCUUCAAAAGGAUUUUCUCCAAGGAAAUCAUAGUUUACGACGAGAACACAGACGAACCUAACCGGGUGGUGCCCUCUCAGCCGCUUCACAUAGUGUUGGAGUCCUUGAAACGAGAAGGGAAGGAUCCACUAGUUUUAAAAGGUGGACUCAGCAGUUUCAAGCAAGAGCACGAGAAUCUGUGCGAUAACUCUCUGCAGCUUCAGGAGUGCCCCGAGGGAGGUGGAGCCUCGCUCAUUCCAGCACAUCUACCUCAGUCCAUCCCCACCACCCCCGACAUCGAGAACGCAGAGCUGACCCCCAUCCUGCCCUUCCUGUUCCUGGGCAACGAGCAGGAUGCCCAGGACCUGGAGAAGAUGCAGAGGAUGAAUAUUGGCUACAUCAUCAACGUUACAACCCACUUGCCUCUUUACCAUUACGACAAGGGCAUCUUCCACUACAAACGACUUCCCGCCACCGAUAGCAACAAGCAGAAUCUCAGGCAGUACUUCGAAGAGGCCUUUGAAUUCAUCGAGGAGGCACACCAGUGUGGCAACGGGCUCCUCAUUCACUGUCAAGCUGGAGUCUCCCGAUCUGCUACCAUCGUGAUCGCCUACCUGAUGAAGCACACGCGGAUGACCAUGACCGACGCGUACAAGUUCGUCAAAGGGAAGCGACCCAUUAUUUCCCCAAACCUCAAUUUUAUGGGACAGCUUUUGGAGUUUGAAGAAGACCUGAACAACGGGGUCACGCCUCGAAUUCUCACGCCAAAGCUGGUCGGAGUGGAGACAGUCGUCUAAAAGAGCUACCGGCUGAACCUUUGCAGCAGCUGCCCGGAAGGAAGGAGACGUCCGUCUUCUCCUUGACGCCUUUGAGGUGUCUUCGUUCGUUCUACACCAGAACAGCAGCAGGACGGAAGAGGACUCCUCUCACAGAGGGCAACACUGUCAUCGAUUGUGGAAUUUUACAGUUGGCGGUCUGUGCGGGUUCACAGACGGCAACGAACAACUGGAAAGGAAGCGAUGCAAACGGGAGGGUGGGGACAGACCAUCCAGAGAUUUCCCGAAAGGAGAUUUCCUUUGAAGAUUGCCAAAGCAGAUUGUUGGCGCCUCACACACACGCACACACACACACACACACCCAUAGCUGCGACCAAUCUCUGCUUAGCUAGUAAAGACCGAUACCUGUAAAGAAACCUGAUUAUUUUGUGUGUUCAGGUCCUGUUGAUGCUGGUUAUAUUUUUCUAUGAGGGUUAAAACACAUUUACGGGAGUUAAGCUGAAAAUCGCCUCCUCCAUUUACAUGCCCCUUGUGGCUAAAUGUGCAAUAAUUGAUUUGCGUGUGAGGGGGGUGGGG